GGUAAAUGUUUUUUCUAGAGGCGAGUCGAACUGUUGGUCUGUGUGGUGUCGGGGGAAAUGAUCAUCGGAGAAUACGGCUGUGAUAGACAGCAUGUAAUGACCAUUAAAAACCCGAUGAAUAUAUUCGCGAAUCAAAUCUCGGGGUUAUGAAUGGCUAAGGAUCAAUUAUUGAAUCGUAAUUGUUCCCGGCGACCACGUGGAGCGGGACAAUGGGAGCGCCGCCAUAUAAAUAUCCGCCCCGUUCUGCGCCGUCCCAGUAUUCAUCCCCACAAUUCGCUUUUAAACAACAACUACGUUUCUAUGAGAAUUUUAUAUCAAAUAUUGUUAUAUUCGCAAUUUUGGAUUGGGAAAAAAGAAAAAAAAAAAGAAGGAAAAAAAAACUACCAAAAAAAGAAGAAAAGAAAAUAGAAACGUCAUGUCACGGUCGUUUUUGGUAGAUUCGUUGAUCGUGCCUAAAGCUCAGACGGUGUCGGACGUGCGCGUGCCGUCCACCAUUUCUAUGGCAACCAGCGACGCGCUGUUAACCCGACAGCUCGUGUCGACCACAGCCGCCCACCCGAUACCCUGCUACACCCGUCACCCGUCAGAGAUGAUCGGACUGUGCUGCCCUCUGUGUAUCCACACCCCACCCCCGCCCGUGCCCACCAGUGUUCCGACGUCGACGACGCACAUCAAACAUUCGCCGACGUUGUUGCCGGGUACGAAGACCAUCAUGGGCGGAUUAUCGUCGGCGUUCACCCACCACUUCCCUCAUCACAUGGAUCUGAUGACGUCAUACAGCCACUCGCCACCCCUCCCCAGGGGGAACUCGCAGCACUACGAGAGAUACUCGCCCAUUCGGACGAGGUGUACGACAAAUAGUGAUGUGAACGGACCGUCGGACGAUUUACCCAGCAGUAAGAGAAUCCGGACCGCGUUCACGAGCACCCAACUUCUCGAGCUGGAGCGAGAGUUUGCCGCCAACAUGUACCUGUCGAGACUGAGGCGCAUUGAGAUCGCCACGUACCUAAACCUCUCCGAAAAACAGGUGAAAAUCUGGUUCCAGAACCGGAGGGUCAAGCACAAGAAGGAAGGCACUGGGGAACCACGUGACGCGCAUUGUCGCUGUCUGCGCACGUGCAGUUCCAAGAAAAACUUGGACUUCCAUCACGAUCAUGGCGAUGACGUCAGCGACGAAAGGGAGGAGUCGGACGAAAGCGAGGACCACAUUUGCGUAUCUAGACCCGCGAAGGACAUUUGCAUAUCUAUACCCGUCAAGAACAUUUGCAUAUCCAGACCUACGUCGCCCUGUCAAUCAGAUGACGGACAUGCGUAGAAUCAAAUCAGCUGUGCGCAGACUGGUUGUUUUUUUUUAGCAUAUUAUUUGAACUGAAAUUAAGUUACGUGUAAACCCGGUAAACUGUGGUGAAGACGGAGUCUUGUUUAAGCUAUGCUUAUAUUUGUUUACAAUGAGUGGUGCAUAAUAAUGCUUAAAAGACUAUAUAUACCUCAUAUUUUACGUGUGCAAUUUUUACAUGACAAUCACGUGUAUGCAAGUUUGAUUUUUGUUGUAUUGCUUUCCCACUAUUUGAAGACAAAAAACACUCACUGACACAUAGUGUUUAUUUGUUUACUAUGAGAUUUAAUAUCAUAAAUGUCACAGUAUUCCAUACACAUUGAAAAAUACUUU